GCAGAGAUGCAGAUCUUUGUGAAGACCCUGACGGGCAAGACCAUCACACUUGAGGUCGAGCCCAGUGACACUAUUGAGAAUGCCAAAGCUAAAAUCCAAGACAAGGAGGGCAUCCCACCUGACCAGCAGCGUCUGAUUUUUGCGGGCAAACAGCUGGAGGAUGGCCGCACUCUCUCAGACUAUAAUAUCCAGAAAGAGUCCACUCUACACUUGGUGCUUCGUCUGCGAGGUGGUAUCAUUGAGCCUUCCCUCCGCCAGCUUGCCCAGAAGUACAACUGUGAUAAGAUGAUCUGCCGCAAGUGUUACGCUCGCCUGCAUCCCCGUGCUGUCAACUGCUGCAAGAAGUGUGGCCACACCAACAACCUACUCCCCAAGAAGGUCAAAUAA